GACCGGUCUCUAGGUGUGGUUUCUGCUGUGUAUAAAUACGCUCCCUCUGUCGCUACAACACCUCCUCAACCUCAGUCACACAUUCCUCCUCCUCUCCAAGGCGUAGCGACAGACUCCAGCAGUCCCACCAUGUCUUUCAUCCAAGCCCUAAUGCAGCAGACAAUCUAUCUGGGCAUGCCCGAUGACUCAGUCCUAAGGAAUGAAGGAACAGUGACCGCAGCUCCUAACUUCAGCCCCAACGGAGACGCAGCAGUCCUGGAUAAGGCCAUCAAGGCAAAAGGCGUGGAUGAAAACACCAUCAUUGAAAUUCUGGUGAAAAGGAGCAACGAGCAGAGGCAGCAGAUUAAAGAGGCUUACCAGCAGUCCAGUGGCAAGCCUCUGGAAUCAGCGCUGAAGAGCGCCCUGAAGGGAGAUCUGGAGGAUGUGGUGUUGGCCUUGCUGAAAACACCAGCCCAGUACGACGCCCAGCAGCUGAAACUGGCCAUGAAGGGUCUGGGCACAGACGAGAACACCCUCAUUGAGAUUCUGGCGUCCCGGAACAACAAAGAGAUCCUGGAUAUAAAGAAAGUCUACAAAGAGGAAUACAAGAAGGAUCUGGAGGAUGACAUCAGGUCUGACACCGGUGGAGAAUUCAGGGCUGCUCUCCUUGCACUCUGCAAGGCCGGCAGGACUGAAGGAGUUAGCGAGCAACUGGUCGACAGCGAUGCCAGAUCUCUGUACGAGGCUGGCGAGGGGAGGAAGGGCAAAGACUGCUCUGUGUUCAUUGAAAUCCUAACCACCAGGAGUGCCCCUCAUCUCCGCAGAGUGUUUGAGAGAUACUCAAAGUACAGCAAAGUGGACGUGGCCAAGGCUAUCGACCUGGAGAUGAAAGGAGAUAUUGAAAGCUGUCUCACUGCAGUAGUGAAGUGUGCUGGAAGUAGGCCUAUGUUCUUUGCUGAGAAGCUCUACUUGGCCAUGAAGGGUAGCGGUACCCGCAAGCACACCCUGACUCGCAUCAUGGUGAGCCGCUCUGAACUGGACAUGAAACUGAUCAAGAUCGAGUACAAGAAAAACUACAGCAAAUCACUGUACCAGGAUAUCCUGGAUGACACUAAAGGAGACUACGAGAAGAUUCUGCUCGCUCUCUGCGGGGGUGAAAACUAAACACCAAUCAAUGGUAUUAAAUCUCAUGUGACCAAAGAUCCACCACCAGCGGUGGAAAAUGACCUUUAACUUCUUGACACAUAUUGUGCCCUAUGUUCUUGUGGAGACCUUACAAAACUCUCUUUUCUCUUAGUGACUGUCAUAAGAUUUAGAAGAUAAUAACAACAACGAGCAAAGUUUAGCAUGGAGUCUGCGCUGCCCUGCCUCUUCUAGUUAUUCCUCCCCUCCCAGCGGUGUUAUAAUGGACAUAUGAUCUGUCAUUCUCAUAGCUGAUGCUAGAAAGGAAGCUAAAGUCAUGUUGCAGCUGAUAACAUGUAAACUAUAAUGUCUAUGAUGUGCACAGAUUCCCCUGUGUCUGUUACAGUCAGUAGUAGAAGUCAACUUGAAGGAGCUUGGAUAUUCUGAAAAUAAAACCUUUGGUAUGAAGGCUUA